CGGCCGUAGUGAAGUUAACGUGUAUAUACCUUAUCACUGAAGCGUUUCUGAUCACGUUGUGACAUUGAAGAUGUUAUUAUGAUAGCUUGGUUCACUACUGGUUGCAAAUCAGCGGUUCUUGUAAAAUGGACCAUGGCAGAGCACGAAAGAGUGCGGGUAGAGGAAGAGGGUUUGGAUGGGAGAGUGAGAACUCGCGGAAACACCUUCGCGAUUACAGCAGAGCUUCGAAAAACACAGCAAACGUAACAACACAGCAACAGACAAACAAACUUGCAUCAGCGGAACAAAGAUUUCAAGAAACAUCCAAACACUUUGCGAAGGAUGCCGCUCACCUACUUAAACAAUAUAAAGAAGAAUCUUCGUCUGAAGAAGAUGACCUUGAUGAUGAUGGAAUACUUUCCAAGCUCACACAAUCCUAUAAAGGUUUUGAGUUAAGCAAUGGUGACAAGCUGGAAAACUUGGGUUUGACUACACAAUAUUUAACGGAAUGUUGUCAAUCUGGUGCUAUAACCUGCCUUGUGUGCAUUUCCAGUGUUAAGAGACAUGAGCAGAUUUGGAGCUGUGAGAAGUGUUUUGCGAUUUUCCAUCUUCCCUGUAUAAAGCAAUGGGUAUUGGAAGGGGUGGCACAAACUACAUUAUUGUCAGCUGAACAUUUCCCAAAAAGAGACAUUCCUUGGUACUGCCCAAAAUGCAGAAAUGAAUAUUCACGAUCAAAAUGCCCAGAAAACUAUUACUGCUUCUGUGGGGCAGUAAUGGAUCCGGUACCUGACCCAUGGAAUUUACCCCAUUCGUGCGGUGAACAGUGCAAUCACUUGCUCUCUCAACCACCGUGUGGCCAUAAAUGUCUUUUACUUUGCCAUCCAGGUCCAUGCCCACCUUGUCCCCAAACUGUGAAAGUUGGUUGUUAUUGUGGUCGAAAAAUACCAAUCACACGGAGAUGCGGUAAAGCCGGUUGGUCCUGUGGAGAAAAAUGCAAUAAACUACUUUCUUGUAAAAGACACAGAUGCUUGCGUACAUGCCACAGUGGAGAAUGCGACACAUGUGGUCAAAUAAGUGAAAAAUCAUGCAUUUGUGGGAAGAAAAGUGGAAUGAAACCUUGUGCUGAACCUUUGUGGAGUUGUGGGGAAGUUUGUGGAAAACAAUUAGCAUGUGGAUUCCAUCACUGUGAGAAGGUGUGCCAUAAAGAUGGCGAAUGCGGUGAUUGUCCACGUGCUGGGGUGCGAACUUGUCCCUGUGGUAAGAAGAAGCUACAAGGAAUGGCAUGUACAGAUGAUGUUAUUUUGUGUGAAGACACAUGUGGAAAAAAUCUCAGUUGUUUUGGAAAUCACAAAUGCCCAAGAAGAUGCCAUUUUGGAGAAUGUGGAUCGUGUCCCCUUAUGGCUCACAAACCUUGCCGUUGUGGCAAACGAGAAAAAGAGGUAGCAUGUCAGAAGGAAUACACUUGUGAAACGAGAUGUCAGAAAAUGCGAGCUUGUGGAAAGCAUCAGUGCAGAAGAAAGUGUUGUAUUGGCGAUUGUCCCAGCUGCGAACAAGUGUGUGGAAAAAGUCUACAAUGCAAGAAACACAAGUGUCAGAUGUAUUGCCACACAGGUCCAUGUUACCCAUGCCCCCUUACUUCUAAGGUAACAUGUAGAUGCAAAUCAACAGCUAUUACUGUAGUUUGUGGGAAAGAAAAGACCACUAGACCUCCAAGAUGUCGAAAAAAAUGUGUCAUUCCACCAGAUUGCCACCACCACAGCAGGCUACCGCAUACGUGCCAUUUUGGUGACUGCCCAAGAUGCAAACAGAUCUGUAAGCAGCAAUUGGAAUGUGGUCACAUCUGCCCUGGUGUUUGUCACGAUAAAGUUGUUGUCAAAAAUGAGAUCAAAGCUGCAGCACCAUGGGAGCAGCCACAAAGAGAAUAUAUCAUCAAAAAACUCCCGUGCCCUCCCUGCCUUGAACCUAUGUCUGCAAUAUGCCAGGGUGGCCACGAAACUUCCCAGUUUCCUUGUCAUGAAUUAAAGGCUUACAGCUGUGGUCGAUUGUGUGGCAGGAAACUUGCUUGUGGAAAUCACACUUGUGCUCUACAGUGCCACGUUGUGGAAGAUGCACCAGACACAGAAAAGGCUGGCACCAACUGUGCUGCUUGCGAAGAAGCUUGUUCGAAACCCCGUCCUGAUGGUUGUGACCAUGAGUGCGUGUCUCCAUGCCAUACUGAAGAUUGUCCACCUUGCAGGAAACGACUUCGUAUGCGAUGUCACUGUGGAAUGGUUCUUCUUAAGCAUCUGUGCUGUGAUUGGGCUGGAAAAAGUGAUAAAGAGAAAGAGAGAAUGCAAUCUUGUGGCAACCACUGUCCGAAGCUUAUUGAAAAGUGUGGCCACCCAUGUAAGAUGCAAUGUCACCCCGGACAAUGUACUUCUGCUGAACAAUGUCAGAAAAAAGUGGCCAAACGAUGUCCUUGCAAACGUAGAAAAAAAGAUGUGCUUUGUUCACUUGUAGACAUGAAAGAACAUCUUGUUGAAUGUGAUGAUAUGUGCCUAAGCAUCAAAGCUGCAAAAGAAACUGAGAGGAGACAAUUGGAGCAAAAAAAGAAGGAAGAAGAAGAGCGGAAACAACAGGAAGAAGUAGAAAGAUUUGAGAGGAAAAUUCACAGAAGAUCUCGUAUUCGGAAGAAUGAUAACUCUGCUGAUGAAGAUGAGGGAAACAGACAGGGAAUUUUAACUAAGAUCUUUUCGAGUUCAUUAACACGUGUUACUGCUCUGUUGGUGUUUGUAAUAUCUGUAAUCGUGUAUACAUACAUUAAUACGCAAAUCUAGUUUUCUUAUUUAUUAAAUAUCUGUGGGUGCUCUUUUGAAAAUCUGUGACUUUUCUUUCGGAACUUUAAUCCAUUCGUUUUGACAUGCAAAUGCAAUCUUAACUUUUCAUGGCCUUCCAUCAUCAUAAUUUCACUGCACUGAUACUUUUAAGGGAAGGAUGUGGCAUUGUUUAAAUAUUUAAAAGCAAGGCCAUGUUGUCUCUGAUUUCGUGUUACAAGUUAGAACAAUUUGUUGCGAUCGGGUGAUCGGGCUUUAUGUUUUUACGGAAGUUAAUAAAAUCAUAUGUAAGAAGAUA